UUUCUUCAUCUCUACAGUCGUCACCAUUAAAAAUUGCUUGAAAAAGAACAAAAGACCGAAUUCGCUUUGAUAUUUUAAAUUAUAAAGCUAUAAUUUAGUAAAAUACAAUAUUGCGGCAGUCAACUUUGAACUGCUAGAACUCAAGACAUACUCGCACAUACGGGAACAACGCAAGUGGCGAUAGUAGUCCAACAAAAACAACAACAGCGACGAGUGUAAAAACCAAACACUGCCCCAAAUUCGUGAAUCACCCAAACGAACGAAAUAAUGGAACAGACACAGAUUACAGAUUCGGAAAAAGUACGCAUUGUAUCCGAUUUUAUACUGCACGCGCCGCCCGGUGAAUUUAACGAGGUGUUCAACGAUGUCCGCGAGCUACUCAAGAACGAUGCUCUGCUCAAGGAUGGCGCCAGCCACGCCUUCUCGCAGUAUAACAAAGACCAGUUGACUCCAGUGCGCAUCGAGGGCAGCGAACACAAUGCCAUCAUCUCCGAGUACAACGAUUUGGGCAAUGGACGCUUCUACGAUCCUCGUACAAAACAAGCCUUCAAAUACGACCACCUACGGAAAGAGGCGUCCGACUAUCAGGAUCUUGAGGCCGAUGCCAAUGCGGAGUCAUGGCGCGCCGCCUUGGAUCUGGAAACACUUGCAUACACUGCCAAUCACUACAGGCACGGCGUGAGCUCUGUGUUUGGAAAAUCGCAAGGUAACCAGGUGACGCUGACCAUUUGCAUUGAAGACCAUCAGUUCCAGCCGAAGAACUACUGGAAUGGCAGAUGGCGUUCACAGUGGCACGUCAGUUUCCAGGCGGGCAGCGGAACCGCUGAACUGAAGGGCGUUUUAAAAGUGCAGGUUCACUACUAUGAGGAUGGCAAUGUGCAAUUGGUGUCUUCUAAGGAUUGUCGCGAGAGCGUUGUCGUGUCGAAUGAACAGCAAUUGGCCAAGGAGGUCAUACGCCUUAUUGAAGAGGCUGAGAACGAGUAUCAGCUGGCCAUCUCGGAGAACUAUUCGAGCAUGUCGGAUACCACGUUCAAGGCGAUGCGGCGACAGUUGCCCAUCACCCGCACCAAGAUCGAUUGGAGCAAAAUCGUGUCGUAUAGCAUUGGCAAAGAACUGAAGACACAAUAAGAACAGGAGCAGCAAGCGGAAGUAGAAGCGGAAGCGGAUGCGGAAGUGAAUGGCACGCCAGCAAGAUCCCAACUAAACAUGUCCAUGGCAAUGCCGGCGCAGUCGCAGUCGCAUAUUAAGAGACCCAACAGUCUUCCACUUGCAAUGGCAAAGCGCGAGAAGUGAAACCGAUUGAGAAUGAGCGAAAAGUCGCAGCAAGAAUCAUAAACUAUAUACGAUCGUUAAAUGUUGGCGCUUAUGUAAUAACUGUCUUUUUUAUUUGCUUACAAAUCAUACAUACAUAUACCUAUCUAUAUACAUAUACAAACAAAACAAGAAAACAUGCAAUUCUUAUCAAUUACGAUCUUACAUAAAUGAAAGUGGACUAAAUGCAUCUCUAGCUUGAUCCUGAUGUUCUAUCAACAACUCCGAUUCAACAGUCACAAUUGCCACCAACAGUCGCCUUUAUUUAUCGUUUAACUCUUAAACCAUUAAGCGCAUGUGUGUUUUUUAUACUAUUACUUAUUAUUAGUACGCAUGCACUUUCUAUAAUGUAUUAUAAUGUAUUUAGAUGAGAUCGCGAUCUCUCUUUAAGUGUCGGCACCUUGCAAAAAACAGUAAACCGUAACAGUAACAGUAUAACAAUAACGAUAAAUACAAUUUAUAAAGUUUUUAUUAACAAUUAAAACAAUAAUUCAACAGUUAAUAAAAAAUCAUCUAUGCAAUUGCAAGCAAAUUUACAACAA